UUAACCUCUAGCUUCAAAUUCAACACAUUCGCUCUACUAAACGAAGCCAGCCGGAGGUGCAAUCUCACUCUUUUGUUUGUCAGGAACCGUACGCACUUCUUCAUCCUCCUCUGCAAACAUAUACAUAUACAGAUCUUCCCUCUCGAUAUCUUCGUCUGUUUCUCAGCAAUCUCUUUCAUUCCAGAGGAACCGAACGGUUGCAUUCCAUUCACAGUCUCUGAUCAUAAGGAUUUAAGUGGCCUUUUAAUUGGUGGUGGUCUGUUCGUGGUUGAUCAAGAUGGUUGUUCUUGCUGCUUCCAUUGUUAGCAAGGCUGGCAAAGUUCUUCUUUCGAGACAGUUUGUAGAAGUGACUCGGAUAAGAAUUGAAGGCCUUCUUGCGGCCUUCCCAAAGUUGUUAGGCACUGGAAAGCAACAUACGUAUGUCGAAACUGAGAAUGUUCGAUGUGUUUACCAGCCAAUUGAAGCUUUGUACCUGCUGCUAGUCACAAAUAAACAGAGCAACAUCCUUGAAGAUUUGGAGACUCUGAGGCUGCUGUCCAAGCUUAUACCUGAUUAUUCAUUCUCUCUUGAUGAAGAGGGUAUUUGCAACGCAGCAUUUGAGCUUAUUUUUGCUUUUGAUGAGGUCAUUUCCCUCGGGCACAAGGAAAAUGUGACUGUUGCACAGGUGACGCAGUAUUGUGAGAUGGAGAGUCAUGAAGAGAAGCUGCACAAGUUGGUACAGCAGAGCAAGAUCAACGAAACCAAGGAUGUCAUGAAAAGCAAAGCUAGUGAGAUUGACAACAGCAAGAUUGAAAAGAAUAGAGGUGAUAAAGGAGGGUAUAUUUCAAUGCCAUCAAUGGGCUCUGGAAGAAUUGACAGUAGCUAUGGCGAUAUCAGCAUUUCUAGCAGUGGAAGUGGUUUUGGAAGUGGUCCUACAUUUGGAUCAAGCCCUGAUGUUGAGUCCUAUCCUAGCAAGUCCAAAGGACAGGCACCUUCAUCUGCCACUGCUCCAUCUAAAGGUCUUAGAAUGAAGCUUGGUAAGACCCAGAAGACAAAUCAGUUCCUUGAAUCCCUGAAGGCUGAAGGCGAAGUCAUUCUUGAUGAUGUUCAGCCAAAAGUUGGCUUGUCCAAAUCAGCUGUGCCCCCACCUACUGAUCCAGUCAUUUUGACUGUAGAGGAGAAACUUAAUGUGACGCUAAAACGUGAUGGUGGAAUCAGGUGCUCUCUCUCUCGUGUUGGUGUUUGGAAACUGUAUUUUCUCAAUACUUUUUUUUACACAUGACAUAGUUUGUGAUUUUCUUGUUUCCAGGUUGAAACAGGGGGAAAUCCUGGCAUCCUUUUCAAGUCACACCCUAACAUGAACAAGGAAUUAUUUGCCAAUGAAAAUAUUCUAGGCUUGAAGGACUCAAAUCGACCUUUUCCUACUGGUCAAGCUGGUGUUGGUCUUUUGAGGUGGAGAAUGCAGAGUGCAGAUGAGUCAGUGGUGCCACUGACAAUUAAUUGCUGGCCCUCUGUUUCUGGAAAUGAAAAUUACGUAAGCAUAGAGUAUGAAGCUUCAUCAAUGUUUGAUCUGCGAAAUGUAGUGAUCUCAGUACCCCUUCCAGCUCUUCGUGAGGCACCAAGUGUUAGACAGAUUGACGGUGAAUGGAGGUAUGACUCUAGAAAUUCUGUUAUGGAGUGGUCCAUUCUUCUCAUUGAUGACUCAAGCAGCAGUGGAUCAAUGGAGUUUGUGGUGCCUCCAGCAGAUUCAUCAGUAUUUUUCCCCAUUUCUGUACGGUUUUCAGCCACCAGCACGUACAGUGACCUGAAGGUUGCAAAUGUCAUCCCCCUGAGAGGCGGCCCCCCGCCCAGGUUUGCUCAGAGGACACAGUUGGUCACACAGAAUUACCAAGUGGUAUAACUGUGCUAUCCUUGGAAAUUUGAGAAUUGAAACAGCCUUCAUUGUUUUUAGGGUUAAUUUUUUAGUGUUUCUGUUUUGUUAACUUCUGGAUAUCAAACAAAUUUUAAGGUUCAAGUAGCCAUGAACCAUCAUCUCACUCACAUCAUCAUUAUUUUGAUUGUGUGGGGAGUUUUAUGAACUUAAGGUGAUGAAAAUUUUCAUUUCUUUGCUU